UUUCCGGAAUUAACAAUACAGAGUUCAGUAUCUUAUUAAAAUAUAUAAUCUUCGAAUAAUCAUUUGCCACGCAGGAGGUGCUUAUUUGCUUUCAUCCGGGUGAGGAACUGGAGGAGCGUGUUACUUCAUCAGUUUUUGCAUAUCCUUGCCAUCCAGUCAUUAAGAUGUGCGGCGCCCAUCACGGACACGUCAGAGCAGUGGUUCAGGUGCUGUGGGCCCAGUUGCUUUUCGGAUGGGUGUUCGGCUCGGAACUAACCUUCGAGCUUCCUGACAACGCCAAGCAGUGCUUCUAUGAAGACAUCACGAUCGGCACGAAGUGCACGCUUGAAUUUCAGGUGGUGACCGGAGGCCAUUAUGACGUUGACUGUCGCCUGGAGGACGCGGACGGGGUGGUCCUGUACAAAGAAAUGAAAAAGCAGUACGACAGCUUUACCUUCACGGCUGCGAAAAACGGGACGUACAAGUUCUGCUUCAGCAACGAGUUCUCCACGUUCACACACAAGACGGUCUACUUUGAUUUUCAAGUCGGAGAAGAUCCUCCUCUCUUUCCCAAUGAGAACAGAGUGACUGCUUUGACCCAGAUGGAAUCGGCCUGCGUCUCCAUCCACGAGGCCCUGAAGUCCGUCAUCGACUACCAGACCCACUUCCGUCUCCGGGAGGCCCAGGGCCGCAGCCGGGCUGAAGACCUCAACACCAGGGUGGCCUUCUGGUCCAUCGGCGAGGCCUUCAUCCUGCUGGUGGUCAGCAUCAGCCAGGUGGUGCUGCUCAGGAGCUUCUUCUCAGACAAGAAGACCACCACCACCCGCGUGGGGUCUUAACAUCUCCCCUCCCAAACCCACCCCCACCCCAGCUCUGGCUCAGAGCCCCAUACCGGAUGGACUUCGACAGACUGACCACAGCCAGUGGAAGUUCACAAGUUUUUUUUUUUUUUUUUUUUGUUUUUUUUUUUUAAAGAUUCCAUUUUCUUUGUUAAUGCGUAAAGAAGAAAAAAAAAAAAAGUCACGCUCUGUAUUUACUUUUAAAGACCCAAUUAAUUAUUCUAAAGGUUGUAAGUGCAGGAAAUGCUACCUGGAAAGGUUGCAAAUUAAUUUAUUAUAAUAAGGAUAUGGGUUUUUUUUUUUCUUUUUGGUUUUUUUUACACCACUGUGGACCUGAAUAUAUGAAAAUACUAAUAUUCUGUCUUGCAGGUCUUGAACUUGAGAUGCUUUUGAUUCUUUAUUAGAUGUUAAACUGUAGUGUUAGAAGUUAAUUCAUCUCUUCAGAAUGCACCACUCAUGCCGUGCCAGCAGUCCAAACGAGGAGACUCCUCCCCCACGUUCCAAAUCUCUUUCACUGCACCGUCUACAGCGAUACAACUCCUACCUUUGAGUCAGAACCGAAAUGUAAGCUGAGGUUACAGAACUUUUAUUUUUGGUGUACAAAAUUGUACAAGUUGGGAGAUUGGCCUCUCCUUUGUCCCACUGUUGAGUUGUUUUUGUAAAUUUGGCUUUCGUACAUUAUCGGUUGAUUCGAGAGCAAGUUCUUUCUUUGAACGUAAUUGGUCCCCUUCUCUGGUAUGUAUAGUGAAAUCGGAAAUAAAUUGAAAAAAGUUGUAAGCACAUAACUUUAUGGUAUUGUUUUUUAGCCCGUUCUUUUAAUUAUGUGGUCUUUGUUUCCGCUGUUAGGGUAUGUUCGUAUCGUUUCCACACACAGACGGUUUUGUCAGAACUCAUUGGCAAUGACAUCUGUCUGUUUCACAAUGGCGAAUAAACAUUUUGUGUGAAACCCCA